AUGACGGCGGCGCCCGCGCGGGCCCGUCCGCCCCGGCCCCGGCCCCGGCCCCGGCCCCCGCCCGCCCGCGCGUCCGCCCGCCCGACUCUCGCGAGGCCGCCGCCGCCGCCGAGCCCGCCGAUUCGCCGCGGCAGAUUCGCCGCGCAGGCCGCGGCCGCGCCGCCCGCAACGGUCGUGCCCGCGCGCCGGGGACGGGCACCGGGGCUGCGGCGCGGCCGCGAGGACUCGAACCCGCCACCUCCGGACGCCGGCGCCGCCGCCGGACCUCAGACCCACGGACCCGCAGGCCUCACGGGCCGCGCGCAGGCGCCAGCGGGGCGCCUCUGGGUUCCCCUGGGCCCGACUCGCGACCCGCGCUCCGGCGCUGCAGGGGCGGCGCCCCCGGGCGGACGCGGACACGCGCGGAGCCGCGCUGCUCGGACCCUGAGGUCUGGGGGUGGGGGACGCGGCCGCGCUCAGGCCCCCGGGACGCGCGCGCUCGCAGCGGGAAGCCGGCGGUCGGGUCGGCCUCGCCCCGGCGCAGCGCCCGCGGGUUGCACGUGGCCCGGGAAGCGGAUUCCCGCAGCCCCCGGACCGGGCCGUCGCGAGCGCGGUCAGGACCGUGGGACAGUGAACGGCCAAACGCCGGAGGAGGGGCCGCCCUGUCCCCCUGCGGGCGCUGAGCCGUGGCCGAUCGCGCAGGGACUCCCCCGCGGCACGACCCCGCCGGGGGGCAGGCGGCCCAGCGCCAGCACAAGAGUCCAGCCGGGCCGGCCGGAUGGCAUCGGGCGAGAGCAGGUGCCGGCCCGGCUCUGUGCUGUGCGGGCCGCGGGCUGGCCUCUGAGCCUGGCCUUGCAUGGGCGCUCCGGCUCUCCCGCACCCGGCAGCGCCAGGCCCACUGCCCUACUGCGGCGCCGGGCGUCAGGCCCAUGCGGCCCAUGCAGGGCCCGAGCAGAAGAUAGGAAAACGUUCCUGAAAAAGCACCGGCCGCACCACAGCCUGUUGCCGUCCUGCCGGCUUGGCUCACCUCCCCUCAUGGGCCUCAUCUCGCUGGGACACCAGGGGAAUCGCAGUGGGGCUGGGCUCACACCCGUCCCCUCCCUGCCUGCGUGGACGUGAGCCCGCCCCAGCCCCCAGCCCCCUCCACCCAAGCGGAUUUUGUGCUGCUCGUAAGCAGUGCGGUCGGGUGUCUGUGAGACGCGCACACGCGCCAUCUUCUUCCUCCUCAACACGGCUCGAUUUGCUCACUGAGACCUUCUAUUCGCCGCCGCUGCCGUGUCCUCGAUGGUGCAAACUGCAGAGAUAACAGAAAGAGAUAACAGAGGGGAUUCUGCAUGGCGUCUCCUGCUGAGGACGUGAGGCUGUUGCAGGGGUGAACCUCGUGUUCGUGGGCCCCCCAGCACGUGGGCAAACCCCACAAAGACCCCCCGGGGUGCGUCUGGAGCUGCAGAGGUCGCACACCCUCCGCGCCCCGGGAGAGCCAAGUGGGGCGGCUGUGGUCACUCUCUGACUUGGCCACGCCGGGUCCUGCAGGGAGGGGAGGGCCGCCGCCAGGCCCCGGCUGCUGCCAGUGUGGACGGGACACACUUGGGCGGGGGGCAGAAGGGAGAUGUCCCCGCAAGGACAGACAGCCGAAGGGGACGGAGCAUUGGGACGAGCCCGAGACCGCAGCCACGGCGCCCGAGAAGCAGCCGGAGAGCUCUUCUCUCUGGCCGCCUGUCCUGCGCGCCUGCAGAGAGGCCGCGGGCCUCCAGACACAGGGCCCCUGCCCCGUCGCCCCCGACACGCCCCUGUGGGGAGCCGUGGGGAGCAGGGAGAGGAGGCGGUCGUCCCUGCUGGGCCCUGUGCCGGGGGCGGGGGAGACAUCUGGAGGGGAGCCCACCCUCUGGGACCUGGCUGCAGACCUCACAGGCCAGAUGCACAGCCCUGAGGCAGGGGACAGGGAAAGGGCACGGGGGUGAACCCACGGUGUGGGGUCAGGUGGGGCGCUGGGGAGCGGCUGGGCCACGGGCCGGGGGAGCAGGGUGGGCAGCAGUAGCCCGACCCUCAUACAGAACUGCAGGCUGGGGGUCCUUGCCAUUCAGCUCUUUCAAGACAUCCUUCCAUUGUCUUCCUGCUCCCAUCAUUUCUGCAGAAAAAUUCUGUGUCACCUCUUUCUGUUGCACCCAGAGGAUAAGACACCAGUUUUCCUGGAUGCUUGUAAAUUUUGACUUUCAGGAGUUUUAUUAGGAUAUUCCUAGGUGUAUUUGCUUUGUACU